CACUGUUAAAAUUGCUUAUUUUCAGUAAUCAAGGGUGGAAAAUGCCACGUCGCGAUGAGAAAAAAUCUUCGAAGCAACCCAAGCACGUACAUUUGAAAAAUGAUGUCGAUGGACGAGCCUCUCGGGCACGCAGUGAAUCACUGCGUCUUGAAAAUCAAACAAAAAUAUUUGCCUCGAUGUGUCCCGACGAGAUAUUAGACCACUACGAUGAUUUCAAAACGAGGGGUUACCAAACGACCUUGAUGUUGUGCGACAUAUCGGGUUUCACCGAAAUGACGGACAAGUAUACGAAACUGGUGCGCGGCGGCCCGUCUCGAUUGACGGAAACUCUCAACACGUACAUGGGCUCGAUGGUCCAAGAAAUACUGUUCCACGGCGGCGACGUGCUGAAAUUUUCCGGGGACGCUCUCAUCGUCAUGUGGAAGCUCGAGGACGGGCAAGUGAUGCGCGACUGCGCCUCCGAGGCCAUCAGAACCGCCUGCGUCAUACAGAAGCACUUUGGCACGUACGAGACCGAGAUCGGCAUCGUUCUCAAAGUUAAAUUGGCAAUAGCUUCGGGCAAGACGUACUUCACGUCGAUAGGCUCGCUGGAGAGCUCGACGUACUACAUCAUUACCGGCACUCCCGUCUGGGAAGCCAAGAACGCCGAGAGCCUGUGUCGAGGCGGAGACAUUCUCGUGUCGCCGAGCACGUGGCAGUGGAUAAACGAGAACGAGUACAUCUACGAAAUCCUACCCGAGGGACCGCAUUAUCUCAUCAUCUCCUUGUCGGCCAUGUGGGACAACACCAAAGAAAUCGAAACGAAAGAGCAGGUAUCGAGCUCGUCCUCCAGCUCCCAAGGAUCGGUAUUCAGCGACGAUCGCUCCGAGCUCGACAAGUUUCAUCGCGAGCUCUAUUUCAGCAACCAAAUAACCAACGAUUCCGUCGAUUACAGUCUGCGCCCGAAGGUCGUGAAAAUGGUCAAAAUGAAAAGGGCGAACGACCUGCGAAGUUACAUCCUACGACCGGUUAAGAAGUCCGUGUACGAGGACGAGCCCUUGGAAUACCUCACGGAGAUCCGCCAAGUCGUCAUAGUGUUCGUGAACGUCGUGACAGUGGCGACGAAUCGCAAGACUCUCAUCAAGCUCGUCGACGCCACCUAUCAGUUCGUUUGCAGCGUCGUCACGGAGAUGCAAGGCUGCGUCAACAAAACCUCCCUCUUCGACAAGGAUCUCAUUUUCCUGUGCAUUUUCGGCCUGCGCGGCGACAAACACGAGCUAGAGUGCCAAAUCGGCCUGCGCUGUGCCUCGCUUCUUCGACGAGGCCUGCUGCGAUUCGCGCUCCUGAAAUCGGUAUCGAUCGCCGUGACGACCGGCAUGGGCUACUGCGGUGUCGUGGGUCAUGUCUUGCGACGCGAGUACACCGUCAUAGGGAUGGCUGUGAAUAAGGCGGCGCGUCUCAUGUGCGCUUACGUCGACAAAGUAGUGUGUGACAGGGACUGCUUUUUAUUGUCGCAUCUCGAAGCUAAGCACUUCGUUCUCCAAGAGCCAAAAUACUUGAAAGGAAUCACGAAUGUUGGCUCAAUUUAUGAAUUUAAUGAAUUGUCCAGUUCCUCUCAAACAUUUCAGCUAAAUCAUUAUCCCAUUCUGGGACGCGAUAAAGAGCUGAGGAUUUUCCGCGAAAGUUUGGAGCAUAUGUUGAAAAAGUCCAACAGCGACAAUAUCGAUAAAGACCGCAAUAUUCUUCUUCUGAGAGGUACACCUCGAAUAGGUAAAACAAGAUUACUUGAAGAAAUGAAUCACAUGGUUCCUGAUAAUAUUAUCACGAAUUUUAUUUCAAUGGAACCUUAUGAUUUCAAAAUGUUCUAUGUCCUUAUAAGAUUACUUUUUUUUGCACCUCUCAAAAUUAAAGAAGACACUAAAAUUCAAGUGCGCAAAAGGAAGAUUGCUUCCAAAUUUUUGAAGGAAGAACAUAGCCGGCUGCAUUUUUUGAAUCAAAUAUUUGACGUUGAUUUUUCUCCCUCUAAUGACUACCUAGACCAAGUUAAAUCAAAGAGUGAGAACGAGGUUGAAAAAGAGCGCAAAAACGAAAUAAAAAGGCUCAUGCGUCUUUUGACACUGAAAUGUUUUCAUAAACCAUCGGUAGUUUUCAUCGACGACGCUGAAUUGUCGGAUGAAGAAUCGAUCUCGCUUUUGCAAAUGAUUUCGAAUCAACGAAAUCUGUUCAUAGUCAUGGCUUAUGGGAAUAAAUUAACUAAACAAUAUUUCAUGCACCAUAAACUUCCCCGCAUGGCAAAGAUAUUGGAACUUAGUGGUCUUGAUAAAUGGUACCACGCUUCAUUAGCUUGUCAACUAUUGAACGUUGUAGCAAUAUCAGUGAUGCUUGAGAGAGUGAUUCAAGAGCGAAGUGAAGGCAAUCCAGGUUGGAUAGAGAGUUAUCUAAUAACUCUUUUACAAUCCUCUGCAAUACAAAUAGAAACUAUGAAUAAUCGACAAAUUCAUCAGUUUGGAUUGGUAAAACCAACCGAAAACAUGUUGCGAAGAACGCAGGACGCCGGAAAAUGGGCAUCACAUUCGUAUUGCGAAGCACCUCAUGGCUGGGAAAUGUAUCAGACGAGUUUUAGAGACAGUAUUUAUGAAGAUAAGGAUCAAGAUCUGGAGCUUGAUGACCCGGAGGAGCGUCCAGUCUGCACGAUUACCAGUUUCUUUAAGGCUGAAUUUGAAUUUAUUGAAAGCAGUAUGGAUAUUUUACUUAUUAAGCUAUACGAUUCGUUAACUCCAUUGGAUCAGGUCUUACUAAAGUGCGCUGCCGUCUUAGGCGAAGUCGUCGAUCGCAAAAUGUUAGAAGAAUUAAUGGUUGGAAUAUCCACUCGAGACUUGGGAUUAUCAUUGUUAAAGCUGUUCGAGCUUCGAAUUAUUGGUUGCGCUUAUGGUGAAUUCCAUCAAACACCGACGAAAUCGAUAAUAUUUAACCAUCAUCGCGAUUCGGAAGAUAGUUUGGAUACAACAAACUGUUAUUGCAAAGGAAUCGUUAUUUUAGACGAAUUAGCUGAUCUUCCAAAACACGCUUCAUGUGGCUUGAUGAGAUUUAAAUUGGAUUUAUUCCGGAAAACUACGUAUAGAUUACUAACAGAAACUCAAAAAGUCGAGUUUCAUAGUAAAGCAUUAACAUAUUUACGUCAUAACACUCAUCGUUGUGAGCCUUGCGGUGGAGGUCAAUUUAAGCGUCUCCUCGGUGAAACAGCUCUUGAUCGAUUAAAGAGACGUAAAAAGACACCGAUACACUUAAACAUAACAGCUGAUUCAAAAGUGUCUUUAAAUUUUGACGAGUAUAAUGAUCCGAUCCAAGAAACCGUAGAAAUUGAGGAAAGCAGCUCGGGUGACGAGAGCAUCGAAUCGAAUACUUCCUCGAGGUCCUACUUUAGCAAACCUCUCGCAAAAUCACAAAUGUGUAAUUUCAUCAAUGUUGAUUUUCAAAGAUGCACUUGUCAUCUUAUUUUAUUAACAGCCUAUACUCACGUCUUGGAGCAUUGUAGAGGAAUAGGAAUCAGUGAACUGUUGCUCGUAUCAAUACUCGAAUUUGUAGAGAUAUGCAUGUGGACACGAAAUGUACCAAAAGCCACGAAACUACUCAAUGAGGCGGACGAGCUCAUGAAAUCGGUUCAUCCACCAGUCAGUGACGAAUUACUCAUACUCCCUUACCUGAAGGGCAAGAUAAGCAAUCUGAGAGGUAAAUGCUUUUUCGAGAGUGGCAUGAUUUACGAAUCGAUGGAGUGUUUUCACACUACACUCGAGGUAAUGGGCUACAAAUUUCCCACCAGUCCGUUUGUCGUUCGAAUCAAAUCGAUGUGCAUGCUUGAACAACUGAAGCUCAUGCUCACCUCCUCGAGAUCUCAUAAAAUUGGCAUUUUGAGGGAUGACGCGGCUAAUUAUAACGAUCAGUUCGCUUAUUGCUUAGCGCACAUGUUUAAAUUUUUCAAGCUCAACGGAAUGAGAGAACGCGCGAAAUUGGCCUCAACUUGGGCACUCAUUGCAGCCCUCGAGUCGAGUCAGGAUUUUUUCAUACUGUGCACUUCUUACGCGAACAUGAUGUCGACCGCGUACGAGUAUCAUUACGAAUCGAUCGGUAUGCUUUUGGAAAGCAACGCCAUCAACCUCUGCUGGCAACGCCAGGACAAUCUCGAGCGUCAAGAGCUCAAAGCCAUAGUCGAACUUUACCGGAACAUCAGUUUUUUGCGCUUGCUGCGCGGGGAUGUAGUUGGUGCCGCUAACAUCGGUUUCACCGUCGGAAAACUGGCUCACGCUGUCAAAUCGAGUCGCUUGAAACUUUUAAUCCUACCUGGAUUGAUACAAAUGUCUUUGGCUCAUGAGAAAUAUAGUCAAGCGGCUUCGUUAAUCAACGAUUUGAAUGCUAUUCCAACAGACGACCUGUCAAAACAAAUUUGGUACUAUGCUCUGUGUAUGGAUUUUUUGCUCGAUUCCGGAAUUUCCCUAGUGCGCUCACGGGAAUUCAACGAUUUUUAUCUUCGGGAAAGCCGUCAAAUACUUCAUCUUGAGAAAUCCGAGGCAGCUAACCGCUUUUUUACGAGCACUUGGUUAUGGUACAUAAGGAUCGGAGAUUGGGAUUCAGCUGCUUUAUGGAUAAGUCGAAGGGAAAACAAAAGUUUUGGUGAAGAAUGUAAGAUAUUAAACACAUUAACGUCGUUGAAACAAUUGGAGGGAUUAAUCAUUUCAUACGUUCAUCAUUUAAAUGAGAAUAUCGAGGAAGAUUCACAUUUCAUUUUGAAUAUGAUAAAAAAACAGUUUAAAUUAUUUAAUAAGCGACGAAAUAUCGCUAAGAUUAUGUUACCGAGAUUCUACUUGAUGAAAGCUUAUUAUGGAAUGGUGAGACGCAAUCCGAAAUCAGCGGUGCAACAACUUGCUAAAUCGAAAAAAUUAUCUGUCCACUACAAAGCCGAAUUAAUUUUUAAUUGGGCUUGCCAUUCUGAAAAGGCAUGGACAAAUUUGUUGAAUAAACGCCAACGAGAUUAUUGGAUAGAUGAAAGUACAAAACAAGAAAAAAUGGAUUGGCAGGAUGUUGAUAAAACCGACAGAAAAUUUAUCCAUUUUACUUUACCUUUGCCAAAAAUUCUAGAU